UAAGCCUGCAGCAGCACCUAUUCCUAUAUAUGUACCUCGUUUCCACGGUACCAGAAUUGUGCCGUCUUGUAUGCCUGACGUUCCCCCUGACUGGUUACCAUUCGAGGAGGGAAGAAGGGAGGAGGUCGGCAGUGAGUGAAGACCGAACUGUAGCGGUGUGAAAGCGAGGUGCAAGAUAUGGCGCCCACUAAACGCAAAGCUGGCGGAUCGUCCGCAGGGGCGAGGACGCGAGCGACUCGGAAAAAGAUGGUCUCUGGAGAUGACGACAAGGUCAGCAACGUGGACGUAACUGGGGAGGCGGGAGAAACGUUCUCCCAGAGUUCAGGAGGAGGAGGAGGAGGUGGUGGCGGCGGUGCUCCCGCAGCUAGUAGGAGGAUUGUUAUUGAGGCGUGCAAGUCAGGCGACGAUGGAAAGGUUUAUGUCUCUCUCUUGAGCUUGCCGAGACCAUUUGCCAAACUGAAGGCCCUGGAUUUGGAGGCUCUCUCUCAGGAGAUUGCUGAUGGCCUGAAGAACUUGAAGGGGUCAGUUUUAGAGAAGGAAACCAAGGAGUCGGGCGGCGACGAUACGGACAAGGAAAAUGAGGACGAGUUUGAAGAGACGGCCAAGGACGGCGGAUCAGCUGCGUCCGAGGACGGAUCGAAUGUGUCUGAAGCGGUGAAAGCGUCGUCGGGAAAGGUAAAGAAGAUCAAGCAUGAUGAAGUUACGGAGGAAAAGGCAGGUGAAAUGGUCCAGAUGAUAAACGAGGAGGAGAAUGGCAAGAAAGGUACCACCAUGGGAACCAGGAACAGCAACAAGAGCGGUCAAUCAUUCAAACAAGCUCCAUCACGAACAGGAAUGCCUGCGAGAGUUCCGUCAAGGAAGUCGACUAGGAGAGCGAAAGGGGACGUCACGCCUGAAGCCACGGUUGACGAGAGCGGCGAUGGAACCAAGUCUAGUUUGAUUUAGCAAAACCCCAGCAAUACCUCUCGGUAAAAACGGGAUUUGAACGGGCGACUUCUUUUUUUUUUUUUUUCCCCGAAACGGGCGACUUCUGCCUUGACGGUUCCUGCUGCUUUUAGGGGGGAUGUCCCUGUUGAUGAGAGCGGCGUUGGAACCAUGUCAUCUUUCUUCUUGGUGGUUGAGUAUAUACUAUAUAAUGAUUUACCGGCGCAUUGUAGCGCAUGCUGCCAACGCGGCAUGAGACAAAAGUGGGUAUGGGAGCGUUUCUGUUGCUUGUGAUAACAGCUCGUUUGCCUGGUUAUCUUAAGCGUAAACGCAGGGAGAGAGGGGGUAUACGUAGAAAACUACAGUGAUGUUGCGGAGGAUCUUCCUCGGACAGGUGCCCUUUAUUUCGGUGGGGUUUAUGUGGGGGUUUUAGCGGGACAUGGAAAUUGACGGAUGUUGUUGUUUUGCCGAAACCGGGGGAUCGAUGUUGUUUCUCCUCGAGAUUUGAAGGUGAGGAGAAAGUAUGGCAAGACUUAGUGUAGAUGAGCUCUGGGUGCGUGGGUGGGUGGAUGGAUGUGAAUGGCUGCGUUUCCUGCUGUGUGAAGCUGAGUAGGGAGUUUGGCUAAUGACCGACCACGGACAAACGCGAAGCAGCGAUCUGUGGGCGCGAAUCGAACGUCUUGUGCGGGCCACGUCGUGUUGUCUCGUGGACGUGUGCACUGAUGGCACGCCAAAACAGGCAGACUUACGUCGUUUCUCAAGACGGCCAUGUUCUACGCGCUGUAGCAACAGCAGGUUACCUGCCGCCUAAUCAUCAUUCCUUACCCCGUCUAUCUUCUCGAAAUGCCUGAAAAAUCUUCUCGAAACGCCUGAAGAAUCUUCUCGAAAUGCCUGAAAAAUAUUCUCGAAGUGCCUGAAAAAUCUUCUCGAAAAAUGCCUGAAAAGUCUUCUCGGAAUGCCUGAAAUUGUAGUGAAAACGCCAGUGAUUGUAUUUUAGUGAAUGUGGUUUUUGAGGUGGAGAAGGGAGUAUAGAUAGGGUAAGGGGAUUUUCACAUGGUCACGGAGCGUGAUCGGAGUGAAGAAGAGGAUAGGCCAGUUAAGUGAUGGCCUAGUUUUAAGUAAGAUAGUGUUGUCAGAGAGGAGGAUGGAAAUGUAGAUUCAAUUUUUUGUCCUUUUCUCUUUUUGUUUGUAUCGCAGUGGUAGGAGAAAAGCCACAGGAAUCGAUGUCCACUUCAGCAAUCGAUGGCCACUUCUAAGUGAAGUGUUUGCAGUCGUAGGAAAAAAGCCACUUCAGGGAUCGAUGGCCAUAUCAGGAAUCAAUGGCUACUUCAGGA